CGGGGCUCAGUGCCGCGGGAUGCAAUCGGGACCUCCCUCUGGGCCGGGCCGGGCUGGGGGUGGGCGACGGGACCCAGGUCUCCCAGAGCCGGCUGCUGUCUUCUAACGGAGUCAACGUUACCGUCUAAUCUAAGCCCCGCUCGCCAUGGGGGAGGUGGAGAUCUCGGCCCUGGCCUACGGGAAGAUGUGCCUACACGCCGCUCGGUACCCGCACGCCGCGGUCAACGGGCUGUUGCUGGCCCCGGCGCCGCGGUCCGGGGAAUGCCUUUGCCUCACCGACUGUGUGCCCCUGUUUCACAGCCACCUGGCCCUGUCCGUCAUGCUGGAGGUCGCCCUCAACCAGGUGGAUGUGUGGGGAGCCCAGGGUGGUCUGGUGGUGGCUGGGUACUACCAUGCCAAUGCAGUUCUGGACGACCAGAGCCCUGGGCCCCUGGCCAUGAAAAUCGCUGGGCGAAUUGCCGAAUUCUUCCCUGAUACAGUACUCAUCAUGCUGGAUAAUCAAAAACUGGUGCCUCAGCCUCAUGUACCCCCAGUCAUUGUCCUGGAAAACAGUGGUUCCCACUGGGUCCUCAAGGACAAGAAUUUAGUGAUGUGGAGGGACUGGGAAGAGUCACGGCAGAUGGUGGGAGCACUGCUGGAGGGCCGGGCCCACCAACACCUUGUGGACUUUGACUCCCACCUUGAUGACAUCCGGCAGGACUGGACCAACCAGCAGCUCAACACUCAAAUCACCCAAUGGGCUGGUCCCACCAAUGGAAAUGCCUGAGCCAGGGCCAGGGGGACCAGGAUCCAAUAAAGAGACUUGGGCUGAUGGGCA